AUGCCUACCCCUCUACCCACCAAAACAAAUCCAACGCCGUCCAUCGCAAUUGAAAACCAAAUCGGCUUCACAAAAGUCCCCCUCGGCCUCGCCGGCCCCCUCACCAUCACCGGCCGCCACCAGCGCGCCCCCGUCAGCGCGCCCCUGGCAACCCUCGAAGCCACCCUCGUCGCCAGCUGCUCUCGUGGCUGCAAAGCUCUGCAACUCUGUGGCGGCGUCAAAGCCGCUGCGCUAGCUGAAGGCAUGUCGCGUGCACCUGUGUUCUUCUUUGGGACCGUGGACGACGCGGUCGCGUUCUAUGAACGUGUUCCAGAGCUCGAAGGGCAGUUCAGAGAGACGGCGGAGAAGACCUCUCGGUUCUGCAAGCUGGUGAAGAUCGUGCCGCAUAUCAUCGGGAAAGCGGUACAUGUGAAGAUGAUCUACACGACGGGCGAUGCGUGCGGGCAGAACAUGACGACGAUCGCGACACAUACUGCUUGCAAGGCGUUCUUGAAGAGCGAGGGCGCGAAGGAGGCGAAGGUUAUCGGGUACCAGCUCGAGGGCCACUUUGCGCCGGAUAAGAAGAUGGCGUGGGGGAAUGUGCAUGAGUUGGGGAGGGGUGUGAAGGUUAUGGCGUGGGCGACGCUGACGAAUGAGGUAUGUAAGAAGGUGCUGAAAUGUAGUACUGCUGCGUUGCAUAGGACGAUGGAUAUUGCGCGUGAUGGAAUGAUAAGGAAUGGGGGGAUGGGCAAUUCGAUCAAUACGGCGAAUGUUAUGGCGGCAAUGUUUAUUGCGUGUGGGCAGGAUGUGGCGAGUGUGUUGGAGGGUGGGUUCUCGCAUUUGAGCCAUGAGAUUGACCCUGAGACGCAGGAUUUGACGGUUAGUAUGUAUUUCCCGUGUAUGGUGGUUGGAACUAUGGGAGGCGGGACGGGGUAUGAGAGUCAGAAAGAGACGCUCGAGAUCAUUGGGUGUUUCGGGCCUGGGAAGAAGUUCGCGUUGGCGGAGACGGUUGCGGCGUUUUGUCUGGCCUUGGAUUUGAGUACAGCAAGCGCUUUUGCGGAUGAUACGUUUUCGCAGAGUCAUCAACGUUUGGCGAGGGGUGGGAAGUCGAGGCUGUGA